AUGAAUAAUUUUUAUAUUCAAAUUGUUUUAUUUCUUUUAAGCAUCUUCGUAUAUGUGAAUAAUAAAACCCUUGCAAUUGAACCUGCUCCAGGAAAAGGUGCAAUACCUGAAUCAACAUAUCAUUAUCUUACUCCAGAAGAAAUAUAUGAAAAAAACAAGCACUUAUUAUGUACCAAUUCAGAAGAAAUUAUACAAGCAGGUGAAGUUGUGAACGAAGCUGUAUCACAAUUAGAAUAUCAUGCUAUAAGUAUGGAUGGUUAUGAAUUUUUUAAUAACAAUCCUAAUAGUAGUAUGCCUUUUUAUAACAAAAAACACCAAGACUAUAUAAAUAUUGAAAAAAUUCAUUUUAAAGUUGAUGAUCCCGAUGAUUAUAAUGAAGUAAUAAACAUGUUAUGGGAUCCCGAUUAUGCCAUUUUUUUCAAUACUGACUUUGUUAAAAUUACCCGUGUGUACAAUCCAAAUCUAGUAAUGAUACAACAACGUUACAAAAAAAAAUUUGGACGUCGUCAGAGAUAUUUUUAUGCUUUAGCUACAAAGGUUGAAAUAUCAGAAAACAAAACUAUAGUAGUCAUGAGUUCAGCAAAUAUAAAUGAUCACAACCCUUCCAAUAAAGAAUAUAAAAACGAAAUUGUAAAAAGCGCAAAUUUAUUCAAAACUGACAUUGAUUCUGAAGAAGACAUUAGAAAAGGAAAAUUAAAAAAAAUGUUUGCCAACUUAAUUGGAUACCUCAUUGAAAAAAGAGACAGAUAUAUUCAUAUCAUCUAUGUUGGCUCUAUUGAAAGACAUAGUUACGGUUUCCUAAAAGCAUUAUUGGAAAAGCUUUAUAUAUAA